GGGAGGAGGAGGAGGAGGGACUCCGCCGCGGCAACAACUGACGUGUCCCCGCCAUGGAGCUCGGCGUGAUUCAUCAGCGACGGCAGGCAGGCUGCAGGGUGCCGCGCACCGUCCCCGCAUAGGCACGGCCGAUUUGGGGACAGCUCCAGUGCCGCAUCGCGCUGCUUUUCCGUCUCCUCUAUCACUGCCUGCACCUGUGCCCCCGCGGCGACGCUACGGGAAGGCAAGAUGGAAGAAAUCCUACGGAAGCUGCAGAAGGAGGCGUCGGGGAGCAAGCACAGGGCCAUCAAGGAGAGCUGCACCUGGGCCAUCGAAACCUUGGAUUCUCCUGACGCUGCUAUCAAGAUACCUCCUUAUCAGCUAAGGGAGAAGUGUCUCCUUCCUCUCCAACUGGCUCUGGAAUCGAAGAGCAUGAAGUUGGCCCAGCAGGCUCUUGCAGGGAUGCAGAAGCUGCUGUCUGAUGAGAGGUUUGUAUCCGUGGAAACAGACUCGGAUGAGAAACAGUUGCUUAAUCAGAUGCUGAAUGCCGUCAAAGUGACUCCUUCGCUCAACGAAGAUCUGCAGGUUGAAGUGAUGAAGGUCUUGCUCUGUAUAACAUAUACCUCCACAUUUGAGCUGAAUGGGAGCUCAGUGUUGAAGAUUGCUGAGUUGUGUUUUGCAUGCAAUAGAGCUGGAAGUCCCCGAAUGCAUGAAAUGAUCAAAAUGUCCAUUGCAUACCUCCUUGGGGCCCUGAGCUCUCGAAUUUUUACUGGCAAUCCUUCAUCAGUGGCUUUUCAAAAGGUUUGCAUUGAGACAUAUGUAUCUAGCUGUCACCAGCGGAGCAUUAACACCGCUGUGCGGGCAACCCUCAGCCAAAUGUUGAGUGACUUGACUUUACAGUUACGACAAAAGCAAGAAAAUAUGACAAUUGAAAAUAAUGAGGCUCUGCAGAAAUUCAAAAGUCAAGGUACUUCAGCUGAGUCUCUUUGUGAUGAUGUUGUAUCUGUCCUCACCGUGCUCUGCGAGAAGCUCCAGGCUGUCAUAAAUGACAAUCGACAACUUCAACUUCUUUAUUUGGAGUGCAUCCUCUCCAUGUUAAACAGCUCCUCUCCAACCAUGCACCAGCACAAAGGAUUCACUGAUCUAAUAUGGAAGCAACUGUGUCCAGCCCUAGUAGUAAUCCUGGGAAAUCCAAUCCAUGACAAAACUAUCACCUCUGCCCACAGCAGCAUCUGUCUAGAAGCUGAUUCACCUUCCUCAGGGGUCUCUGAUCAUGGCCGAGGUUCAGGCUGUUCAUCCACAGCACCUGCCCUCAGUGGGCCUGUUGCACGGACCAUAUACUAUAUUGCUGCAGAACUGGUUCGACUGGUGGGGACAGUGGAAUCCAUGAAGCCUGUGCUGCAGUCUCUGUAUCACCGGAUAUUGCUUUACCCACCACCUCAGCACCGAGUAGAAGCCAUCAAAAUUAUGAAGGAGAUACUUGGCAGUCCUCGGAGGCUUUGUGAUUUGGCAGGGCCCUGCUCUUCUGAGUCAGAAUCCAGGAAGAGGUCUAUUUCUAAAAGGAAGUCCCAUCUGGAUCUUCUCAAGCUUAUCAUGGAUGGGAUGACAGAAGCGUGCAUCAAGGGUGGUAUUGAAGCAUGUUAUGCUUCAGUGUCCUGCGUAUUCGCCCUGCUUGGAGCACUGGAUGAGUUAAGCCAUGGCAGGGGUCUUAGUGAGGAACAGGUCCAUCUGCUCCUCCGGCGCUUGGAAGAAUUGAAGGAUGGGACUGAGACAAGCAGGGACUCCAUGGAGAUCAAUGAUGCUGACUUCAGGUGGCAGAGGCGCAUUCUUUCCUCAGAAAAUCCUGCCUGGGAAUCAGGAAAUGAGAAAAGUCCUGAUAUUAGCAUUAGCGUUACCACAGACACUGGUCAGACCACUUUGGAAGGAGAUAUGGGACAGACAACUCCAGAGGAUAAUCUGGAAAGUCAAAAAAACUCACUGCCGUCUCCAGCUGGACAUGAAAGCAAAGAGAUUCAUUAUAGAGAACCAGAGUCAGAAACCAUUGACCAGCCAGAUGUUGUUCAGAGAAGCCACAACAUAGUCUAUCCAGAUAUAACUAACUUCUUAUCAGUUGAUUGCAAGACCCGGUCUUAUGGAUCCAGGUACAGUGAAAGUAACUUCAGUGUAGAUGAUCAGGAUCUUUCUAGGACUGAAUUUGACUCAUGUGAUCAGUAUUCCAUGGCAGCAGAGAAGGAUUCUGGCCGGUCAGAUGUUUCGGACAUAGGCUCUGACAAUUGCUCCUUGGCUGAUGAGGAGCAGACACCACGAGACUGUCCAGGUACCAGGUCCUUACGUACUGCUGCUCUCUCUCUAAAGUUGCUGAAAAACCAGGAAGCAGACCAGCACAGCGCACAGCUCUUCAUCCAAUCACUUGAAGCUCUUCUUCCUCGGCUCAUAGCUCUACCCAGCAUAGAGGAGGUGGAUGCAGCACUGCAGAACUUCUCUUCAGCUUUUUGCUCAGUUAUUCACCUUAUCCACGCCCCCAAAGUGACGUCAGUGGAAAGUCCGAGAAGGCAGCAGCACAGAACUUUCAAACCCUCACGAGGUACGAUGCACUCACCAGGAUUUGAAGGAAACCCAAAUUUCAGCUUCCAAACUCUGAUGAAUGCAGACAGUCUCUACAUGGUCUCUCAUUAUACUCUGCUGCUAAACCUGAAAUUGGCCAACUCAGAUUACUACAGGAAGAAGCCUCCCCAAGCUCCUGUAUUGCUGAAAGAGUUCAUGAAGCAGGUACAGUCCAGUGGAGUGUUGAUGAUAUUUUCCCAAGCCUGGGUUGAAGAACUGUACCACCAGGUACUAGAAAGGAACAUGCUAGGGGAAGCUGGAUACUGGGGAAGCCCUGAAGAACACAGCCUUCCACUUAUUACCAUGCUGACUGACAUCGAUGGCUUGGGAAGCAGUACGGUUGGUGGCCAGUUGAUGGCAUCUGCUUCAGCUCAGUCUCCUCUUUCCCAGAAUCAGAAGACAGAUGAUUCUGUUGUUGCAGGAGUUGCUUUUGCCCGAUACCUCUUAAUUGGCUGUUGGAAGAACUUGAUUGACACUUUGUCUACACCGCUUACUGGUCGCAUGGCAGGCAGCUCCAAGGGGCUGGCAUUCAUCUUGGGAGCAGAAGGAGCCAAAGAGCAGAACCAAAAGGAGAAGGACUCCAUAUGUUUGAGUCUGGAUGGAUUGAGGAGGGCAGCCCGCCUGAGCUGUGCCCUAGGAGUUGCUGCUAACUGUGCAUCUGCUCUUGCCCAAAUGGCUGCUGCAUCCUGUGUCCAAGAAGAGAAAGAGGAAAAAGAAAUCCAAGAGCCCAGUGAUGCUAUAGCUCAAGUGAAACAGAAAGUGGAGCAGAAACUCGAACAGAUGGGGAAAGUGCAGGGUGUCUGCCUACACACUGCUCAUGUUUUGUGUAUGGAUGCAGUCCUAAAUGUGGGCCUGGAGAUGGGAAGCCACAAUCAAGACUGCUGGCCUCAUGUGUUCAGGGUGUGUGAGUACAUCAGCACUCUGGAGCACACCCACUUCAGUGAUGGCACCUCCCAGCCCUGCCUUACCAUCACCCAGUCACAGCAGGCACCUGGAGGCCCACAUUCAGACACUGAGCUGGGAGAGACUCCUCAGGAACAGACCCCUGAGCAGGAGACGACCCUCAGCAGUAAUCCUGUCAUUCAGCCAGUUUCCAUCCAGGAACUUGUCAAGGAGAGCAGUAAGGGCAGAGCUUUCGACUUCCGUGGAGGCAGCUUGCUGUGUGGGACCAGUGCUGCCAAGGCUGUUCUCACACUCUCCACACAAGCAGACAGGCUCUUUGAAGAUGCUGCUGAUAAGUUAAAUUUGAUGGCACUGGGAGGCUUCCUUUACCAGCUCAAGAAGGCUUCUCAGGCCCAACUUUUCCAUUCUGUCACAGACACAGUUGAUUACUCCCUAGCAAUGCCAGGAGAAGUAAAAUCCACUCAGGACAGGAGAAGUGCACUUCACUUGUUCCGACUUGGUGAUGCCAUGCUCAGAAUUGUGAGGAGUAAAUCCCGCCCACUGCUCCACCUCAUGCGCUGCUGGAGCCUGGUGGCACCUCACCUGGUGGAGGCUGCCUGUCACAAGGAGAGGCAUGUGUCUCGGAAGGCUGUCUCUUUCAUCCAUGACAUCCUUACCGAAGUGCUGACAGACUGGAAUGAACCUUCUCAUUUUCAUUUUAAUGAGUCACUUUUCCGCCCCUUUGAGCGUAUCAUGCAGCUGGAGCUGUGUGAUGAGGAUGUGCAAGACCAGGUGGUCACCUCCAUAGGAGAGUUGGUGGAAAUGUGUUCUACCCAGAUCCAGUCAGGAUGGAGACCCCUGUUCAGUGCCCUGGAAACAGUUCACAGCGGCAAUAAGUCAGAGGUUAAAGAGUACCUUGUAGGAGAAUACUCUAUGGGGAAACGCCAGGCCCCAGUGUUUGAUGUCUUUGAAGCAUUCCUAAACACUGACAGCAUCCAGGUCUUUGCCAAUGCCGCCACCAGUUAUAUUAUGUGCCUUAUGAAGUUUGUGAAAGGACUGGGGGAAGUAGAUUGUAAGGAGAUGGGUGACUGUGUGCCAGGAUCAGGAUCAGCAUCUACAGACUUGUGCCUUCCCGCUCUUGAUUACCUCAGGAGAUGUUCUCAGUUGUUAGCCAAAAUCUACAAAAUGCCCUUGAAACCUAUUUUCCUCAGUGGCCGGCUGGUUAAUAUGCCCCGAAGAGUGCAGGAGCAGUCAGCCAGCAGUGAGGAUGGCAUUGAGUGCAUCCUUUCUGACUUUGAUGAUGACACUGGCCUUAUCAAUGUCUGGAUUAUUCUGCUGGAAGAAUUAACAACUGCCAUAUCCAACUGUCCCCGCCAGCACCAACCUCCAACUCUGGAUCUGCUCUUCGAAUUGCUGCGGGAUGUUGCCAAGACACCUGGCCCAGGAUUUGGCAUUUUCGCGGUUGUACAUCUUCUUCUUCCUACGAUGUCCCUUUGGCUCCAUCGCAGCCAUGGUGACCAUUCUUACUGGGAUGUGGCAUCUGCUAACUUCAAGCAUGCCAUUGGCCUUUCUUGUGAACUCGUAGUGGAGCACAUUCAAAACUUCAUACACUCAGAUAUUGGUUAUGAAAAUAUGAUCAAUACUAUGCUAAAAGAUCUUUUCAAGUUGCUGGUCGCCUGUGUAGCAGAACCAACAGAAAUUAUUUCCAGAGUCGGCUGCUCUUGUAUCAGGUAUGUAUUAGUGACAGCAGGUCCUGUUUUUACUGAAGAGAUGUGGAGACUUGCAUGUUGUGCCUUGCAGGAUGCGUUCUCUGCCACUCUGGAGCCAGUAAAGAACCUAUUGGGCUAUUUCCACAGUGGUUCUGAAAGCUUUAGUGGAGACGCCUGUGAAGUGAAGGUGGCAGCCCCCUCCCUCUCGCCGAGUGCUGAGGCUGAAUAUUGGAGAAUCAGAGCCAUGGCACAACAGGUCUUCAUGCUGGAGACUCAGUGCUCCCCAAAGACCCCUAGCAACAAGGAGGGAUUCGAACAUGCCCAGUCGUGUGUGCUCGUCAUUGACCUGCCACCAGAUAAGAAACCAAAUGGGCAUACCCAGAGAAGUAUUCCUUUUAGGACGAUAGUGGUGAGCUUGCUGUCACACCAAGUACUGCUCCAGAAUUUAUAUGACAUCUUACUGGAAGAAUUUGUUAAAGGCCCUUCUAACCUAGAGGAGAAAAUGACAAUACAAGUACCAGAAAACAAGUUGGCUGGUUUUCUCAGGUACAUCUCCAUGCAAAACUUGGCUGUCAUCUUUGACUUACUGCUGGACUCCUAUAGAACAGCCAGAGAGUUUGACACCAGGCCCGGGCUGAAGUGCUUGCUAAAAAAAGUGUCUGGCAUUAGUGGAGCUGCCAACCUGUAUCGCCAGUCAGCAAUGAGCUUCAAUAUUUACUUCCAUGCUUUGAUUUGUGCUAUCCUGACAAACCAGGAGAACAUCACUGCAGAGCAAGUGAAGAAGAUCCUCUUUGAGGACGAUGAGAGAAGCACUGACUCAUCACAACAGUGCUCUUCAGAAGAUGAAGACAUUUUUGAAGAAACUGCCCAGGUCAGUCCUCCUCGGGGAAAAGAGAAGAGACAGUGGAGGGCUCGAAUACCAUCUCUGAGUGUACAGCCUGUCAGCAAUGCAGACUGGGGAUGGCUGAUCAAGCGGCUUCAUAAGCUCUGCAUGGAACUGUGCAACAACUAUAUCCAGAUGCACCUAGACCUGGAGAAUAACACAGAGGAGCCUCCAGUGUUCAAAGGCGACCCGUUCUUCAUUUUACCAUCCUUUCAUUCAGAAACCUCCACCCCAUCAACUGGAGGGCAGUCUGGAAAGGACACUCCAUCAGAAGAUGACCGGAGUCAAAUAAGGGACCAACUGGGAGACAGCCUAACACCACGAAGUGGAGAAAUGCUGCUACUACCCCCACUCUCAAGUCCUAAACCAGAGAAAAAAGAACAAAACAGGAAAAAAGAAUGGUGGGAGAGUGCUGGCAACAAGAUCUACACCAUAGCCACUGACAAAACCAUUUCUAAGUUCAUGACAGAAUACAAAAAAAGAAAGCAGCAGCAGCAGGCUGUGACAUCCUUCACCAAAGAGGUCAAAGUGGAAAAGAAAGGGGAGCUCCUGGGCUCCAGAGGGCAGGACUCACCCAUACUCCAGAGGCCACAACAUCUUAUAGACCAAGGUCAAAUGAGGCAUUCAUUCAGUGCUGGCCCAGAGAUUCUAAGACAAGAGAAGAGACCACGCUCAGGAUCCACAGUCAGCUCCCUGAAUAUAUCUGUCAGGGAUGCAGAGGCCCAGAUACAGGCAUGGACGAACAUGGUGCUGACAGUUCUCAGCCAGAUUCAGGCUCUACCAGACCAAACUUUCACAGCCCUCCAGCCAGCAGUGUUCCCAUGUAUCAGCCAGCUGACCUGUCAUGUGACUGAUAUCCGUGUUCGUCAGGCAGUACGGGAAUGGCUGGGAAGAGUGGGCCGUGUGUACGAUAUCAUCAUUUAAACUAGCUGUGCUCUGUUGCAAAGGGGAGAAGACAGCCAGGAUAUACAGCAAAGGGGUAUUUGGGGUUCAUUAACUGCCUGUUUGUUGGUGAUAAAUUAAGAAACAACGAGCUUGUUGAUAUAUUUCCCCUAUCCACUUGAGACUGUGUUCCUCACACAUACUUGCAGAGCAGGUGAUGCAUGAAUGUGUCCGGGGGCAUGGAAUGACCCCAGAAUCUGCCAGUAAAUCAGACUGGUAUCUAAAGUCAAAAUACAUUUCAGUAACCUUCAUUUAGAUUCAAAUUUACAGCAGCAGGAGUCACAUCAAAUUCUAGGUAAACAUCCACACUUGUAAUUAGCUAUGAAUGGAACCAUCAAACCAGGCAAGCAAGACCUAUAUAACAAAACAUAAAUAAAAAGGUGGCACUUGUUCAGAGUAACUUUUUCCAUUCCGAAAUUGGCAUGAGAGGAAAGCCAAAUAAAGAUUAUUACAGUACUAUAUGCCUUGCUAAUUGAAGAAAGUUGAAAUUUAUUUUGCUCUGAGAAGAGCCUUUGAAAUCUGGUGAUAUUCAGAGUAGCAAGUGAGUGAUUGUUAAAGUAUCCCAGGUCUUAAACUGGUGAACCAAACACAGGCUAUUUGUCCUUUCAUUACCCUUUGAAGUAAUGCUUGGGGAAAAAAGGCACUGUCAACCUGCCUUCUCUACAGCAUCACUCUGGCUACUUCAGCUAUGACCACAGGUGGUCAUUUUUCCACAUAUAUAAUUUCUCCAAAAGGCUACAGGAAGUUUGUUUUGCUGUUUUCUCUGAAGCUAGAGGGGAAAACACACCACAGAGCAAAGCUACAGCCAGUCUGCAUGCCAGUAUCCAGCACUCACAACACAGUGAAGUGUUCCUCCAGUUCAAGCAACACUGCAGCUAAGCUGACUUUAGCAUCUAUUCUAACUACUGCAGUCAGGACCCUUACACUAAAUUUAGCCUAUCACUCUAUGUUGAAGUUCAUCAAGAUGGAAAAUAGCCUAAAAAGAAUGUAACUAACCUUUCUGCUUCUCUCCCCUUUCUCAUCUGCUGUAGUAAACAGGGAACAGAGUCUUAUGUAGGUACAUACUCCCUCUGUGCAGUGCUUCUAUAAGGACUACUACAAUCUGCCAAUAUUAUUAGCGGGGGAGAGGUGGAAGGAUUGACUACUGUACUGUCAAAUAUUCACACUGGACACAGUGAAGGGUUACUUUUGCUUCACAAAGUAUGUGACAGGGACUUGUACUCCUAUACUACAUCAUUUGUUGAUUAGAUGUUUAAGUAAUUCAUCAGAACUAAUUUAAUCUUGGGUGAUCCCUUAAUGAUGUUCUUCCAAGACUUUUUAAAUGUUCAUACCAACUAAAUAUACAUCUUUGGUCCCUGCAUCCUCAAAAAAUAUCAUCUUUUUACAUCAGUCCUGGACUUUGCUCAACUGUUUUUAGCAUCUUGAACCUAAAAAAAUAGAGGGUCAGUUAAAAAAAAAAAAAAAAAAAAAAAAAAAAAAUGUGCUGAAUAGCCUUCACCCCAGCUGAUGCAUUUACUACGAAUCUGUCACUGUCAUCCUGCCUUUGCCCUCCAUCACCCACUCCCCAUUUGCCAACUGCUAGAUUUGUGUGUGAGGCAUACUUUGUCCUGUACCAUUCUGCAGUGUCUGUCACACUGUUUCUCUUAUUAUCAGAACUCUACUUGCAGAAUUAUUCCAGGAACAUCAAAAAUUCCAUAAAAACAACUCCUUACCAUGCACACUGACUUGAAACAUAAGUAAUUUAAUAAUAGUAUCAAAUGUCAGUUUUCCCAACAGUUGUAAUACUUCCUUGGGGACAGGUGAGAUUAUAUUCCAAGCCCUUAGCAUAGUGUUAGAUUUCUGUUGCCAUGUUUUUCUUACACAUCUUUAGGUUGAGUAAAAAAGGUGGCUAUAUAUUUUUUUUAUCUUUUUAUUUGGUAUCUAUACAGAACUGCUUUUAAGGCAGGAUGUUAAUUAGGCAAUAGCCAGAAUCAGAAUAAACACCUGCAUGCAAGGGCACUCAAAUGUGCUAUUUUUCAUUAUACAUUCAUUUCAGGGAUUGAGAUUUUCACUGUGCUUACCCAAAACUAAAGCAAAUCCUUAAUUUAUGUUGGAGAAGUAAAACAGAUAGCAGUACCAAGGGAGUCACUCAGGAUUCCAGAAUGGGGCCAGUUGUUUAGGAAACACCAUGGUUCCAUACUGUCUGUAAAUCAGAAAGAGAAGCUCUAGGAAUGAACAUGACUGCCCCCAGCCAAGCACCUGAACACAGCCCAGCCCAGCAUUACCUGCUUAGCAAGCUGCUCAACCAAAGCACUGCUGUACUGCAAUGCAUUUUAAACUUCUCCUUCCAAAUUAUACACUAAGUGCCCAUUGUCACCCUUAGUGCCUCUCUUUGCCCAUACCCCUCCCUUAGGAAACCAUCUAAGGGCAUAAGUAACUGCAUCAUUCCAGAAAUACCAUCUAAAAGCAUGGGAGGAGCACAAAGGAAUCUUUGUGGCAGCAGGCUUUAGGUGAGCAAUCUUUAACAGGUGUUGCUCUUCCUUUUCCUUCUGUGCAAAAUGGUAAGCAGAUGAGGACAGCUAACCACCACUUCAGGAGCUAUUAGUCUGAGAGCAACAUGUGGAGUUGGUUCAUCAGGCUUUUUUUUUUUUUUGCUAGUUUAGCCAUAGACAUUAGCAAGCCCCAAAGUAGCAAAAUGCUGAGUGUGAAGUCACCAUUUUGUAGGCCUGUGUGCUUUGCUCCAUUCAUUCUUCGGACCACUUGGUCUAAAGCUGCCAGCUCAGUGCUUGCAGGCCUCACAGUGCAAGCUUCAUGCCCAGAGAAGGAACUUGCACAGAAUGGUCCCAGGGAAGAGUAUUGGCACUAGCCCCUAGCUCUGACCACCCCAACACAUCCAGCAGUGCAAAGCACCCCUCCCUGCAUCUCCCUCACAUAACACAUUCCAAUUCUUAUAGCCUUGUAGCCCACUGUGCAAGGUAACAGCAGCAUAGAACCAACUACUGUUGAAUCAGAACAUUUAUCUCCUGGUUAACAUGCUUUCAUCAGGACGUUAGGAUUUAAUUCUCUCCUAGAAUAGGCAUUUAUCAUAACUGAUUUCAUUCAGCAUCCAGACAAAAUUAUUAGGGAAAGGGUUACAUAGACCUGGGCAGAACUUUUUCUUGUAAAAUGCCAAACACAGCUUUUGUCUCAUCACAGAUAAAACAAUACACUACAUCUGGAGUAUAGCUGGCUUCUGUGGAGGACAAGCAGAGUUUUCACCCAUGGUUUGACCCAGCAAGGUACUUUGUCUUGAAUUUGAGCUUCAAGUUCUCUUUACUGUAAAAUUCACCAAUGAGUUCUCAUUUGUCCAAGAGGUAAUUCCCACCUCUGAAUACCCCAUGUUACCUUAUGUAAUCUCCAUUUGCUCUGAAUAUAGUGGUAUCUCAGUGCUGGUAUCUCCACUUCAGAACUCAGCGCAGGACCAGUAUGAAACUUGAGUGUCAAACAGGCUAACAAGUAGAGAGGUCCAGCUGUGUGUGCUGCCUGCAUUUGCCAUCUCCUGCUACAGCUUAGGCCCGCUCUCAGACUGCCCAAGCCAUUGUUAUUAGUGGGAAUAUUUAUACUCUGGACUCAGUCCUUGAAUCCUUCAAUUCUUGCAUACAAGUCAACAAGUUCUCAGGAAGGGGAAAGUCCUGUAUAGUUCCUGCUAUCUGUUGUGGCCCCUUAUACACCUCAUUCCUGGAAUUCCACAAAAAAACAGCACACAUUCCCGUGCGUCAAAGUGCUCCCAGACUAAAACUAGAACCUUCGCUCUUGCACAGAUCCAGUUUUAAUGUGCAAGAAGCCAACCAUAGCAAGCCUUCAUUUCUAACCAGCUCUUGUAUACAAGCUUAGUUGGAAACUGAGCGUGCAGAAUUUAGCCAUUUUCACUUUUAGCAAUUAGAAGUGCUAUUAGUCAAUGAUAAAUUGUUUUUAAUUUAACAAAUUCAACCAAUUCUUCCCUUCCCAUAUCUUAUUUCUGUGAGGGUAUGAUAAGAUUAUGCUUAAGCAAGCAAUUUAAUCAAUAUUCUGGUUAUAAUCACUUCUGGGAAGAUCUGUUUAUAGUAGUAAGCAUGGCAUAUGAAAUUAGACAAAUAGAUUCUCUUUUUCCUCAAUGUCUGAUAACUCCGCAAUUCUUUAAAGAAAUGAUGCAAUACCAUCAAUUUAAAAUAUAUAUAUAUACCUUCUCCUUCAGUAUAAAAGGACCAACUUACCACAGCACAGAAGCACAAAUGUUGGAUUUUAUGCAAUGUAGAUAACAUCUGGCAGCUACUGACCCCUCUUCUCUGAGUCUCCCCAUUUUGAGCAGAGCUUCUGUAGGGAUACAACAUAAGGGUCUAUCAGCAGCACUCACCAGCAACAUGCCUGGCUCUCCAGGAAGUUGUACAGUUGCAUGGAAGAAAUCUCACCUCCUCUUUGUUUUAUCUCCACUACUGCCCCUUUAUAUGUGAUGCUAACUACAGUUUCAUUUCAUACUAAACAGCUUUGGACAAACAUGACAGUCUGGCUAUUUAAAAAGAAAAUAACAAAGCACCUAGCAUAAGUAUGCACUGUUCUUUUCACUUAAUGCUGAGAGGUCCAAGACAAGAACCAGAAGCAGAGAACAGGGGAAAUGCCCUAAUUCUGACUAUGGAUAUCAGUGGAGCUACGCUGCAUGAUCCUGGAUUAAUGCAAUAAUGAGCUUGCCUGUGGGACCAGAUCCCUCAAAUCCUCUUUAUUUUUGGCAAAUUCACAAGCAAAGGUUUGCUUACUCGCCCCUGCCACAGCAUUUCAGGGAACUGGGGUUAUGGAAGGCUUUCUUUGUUAACAAAAAGUGGCAGGAGGAUCUAUUUCAAUUCUUGCAACUCAACAUCCCACUUAUCAAAAAGUAGUUACAUACUUCCACCUAUGGAGCAUUAAGGACUUAUUCCUUAUUUUCUUUCCACACCUUCGCUUAGCAUAGUCUGUGGUGAAAUACCAUACUUCCCCAGGAAGCAAAGGGAAGCAGGAGAGCUGCAGGGACAAAUACCACCUCCCCAGUCAGGCCAUGGCUGCUGAGCCCCCAGAUCUGUGGAAGAAAGCAUGAUUUGAUACCAAAGUGAGAGCAGCCAGGAAGGGCCAAGCCAUGUGGUAGCAGAGCCCUGCGCUGCACAUCAUUUCAAGGAGCAGAUGGACAAGAGGUGUGAAAGUAUGAAGUGACAGCAGGGAGCAACUUCAUUUAGUUCCCCUCACCUUCCCCUUCCCCACCUCCAUUUUUGUCAUUAUUUAUGAUACCGCAAAUUUACUCCAUGGGCCCUCUGACCAGAGCUGAAAACUGAUAGAAAGCCAAAGGGAGUAGACACUCCAUUUUGCCAAAGAUCUGAUUAUUCCUAUUCCAAAAUAAAAAGCAAAUUCUAUUUCCAUGAUGAUGGCUGCCAUAGAAAGCAUUUUAUUACAAAGCAUUAUUCCCAGGAUUUCAUCUCUAUAACUGUAUAUUCAGGAGGAGCCACAAAUGUUUUUAAAGAGAGACUAUAAAUGUCUAGAGUUCUUACGCUGGAUUUACCUUCUACGGAGUUCAUACCAAGCUGCAGUUCCCCAGUUUGAUUCAUGUUUCCUCCCUCUACCUUUCUCCUUUAGAAUAACACCUUCCUGUAUCUGCUGCGUUCCGUUGUGCUGCUUUGUUUGGUUCUUCAGUGUCCAUUGGUCAGGAAGUCACUGUAAGCUGGCUUGCAAAUUGUAUUUUGUGUAUAUUUUGUUCAGACUGAAUUCUGAAAUGGAAAUAUUUUAAAACAAAAAAAUUAAAAACUAUUUAUGUUGCUUGUGUUGUAGAAUAAAGAAGCAAAUGCAAAAUAA